AUGGUUUUGCUGAUCACGGGAAAAGUUUCCUCUGAUGUAUCAAAAAGAUAUCGCGAAGGGGAGAUUUUUUCCGACCCAAAAAACGAUCGUAGACUUCCUCUUUCACUCUUAACUACAGCCCAAGGACAUCCUAUGCUCGUGGAGUUGAAAAAUGGAGAAACGUUUAAUGGACAUUUAGUCAAUUGUGACAAUUGGAUGAAUUUGACGUUGCGAGAAGUCAUACAGACGUCACCGGAAGGUGAUAGGUUUUGGCGAUUAUCAGAAUGUUAUAUACGAGGAAAUACGAUUAAAUAUCUUCGGGUCCCUGACGAGAUUAUCGAAAUGGUAAGAGAGGACGCAGCGAGACGGCAAGCUAGUGGCGGUGGUCGAGGGCGUGGUGGUCAACGUGGACAUACUUCAGGGCGAGGUGGUGGAAGAGGUUCAUCUGGUCGUGGUGGACGGGGUGGGAUGAGAGGCGGGGGCGAUAGAUCACGUCGUUCUGGAUGA